GUCACUGCACUGUAAAUUUACCUACGAGUACGCUGCACCCCCUACAACACUCGAAAGCCUACGCCGACAAUACCAGUCUAGUACACCUUCAUAUCACACCUGCAAACGUCUGCGCAUACUUGCCCACGCCCAAAAAAGGCCACCAGACAAAAGACGACUCUCACUCCGAUCGCCAUUCACCUCCUGCAUUCCCAUCGGUCAGGGUCAGAGAGUGGUCAGAGAGUUGUCACUACGGUCACUGUCAUUGUCGCAGCACCCGCCCCAUCCUAUCUCCAUCCCAUCCCGCUGCCAUACGCUCCCAUACGCUGCUGUACGCUCCCACCGCCUUUCCACUGCCUCGCUGUACCUACCAAACCGAUCGCACAGUAAUCAUCCCCACAGGCCUGCACCCCACGGCACCAGCCUUCACGACCUUUCCGUCUCACGUUGCGCCUAGAGAGCUUAGAGGGUCUUGAGAGCUUACUUUGGACUGAGCUUCGCAACACACCUUUUCCAUUUCCAUCAUCCGUGCCGUUGAUCUCCCACCUUCACGAUGGCCGGAUCGCGCAACUACGACUUCUUGGUAAAUAUUCCGCUCCAGUCAACCGACACACUCUGGAGAGAUUGUCAUGCUAACAAUUCCCCCUAGAUCAAGCUGCUAUUAAUCGGCGACUCAGGCGUUGGAAAAUCAUGCUGUCUCUUACGUUUCUCUGAGGAUUCCUUCACCCCGUCAUUCAUCACAACCAUUGGUAUCGACUUCAAGAUCCGAACGAUCGAGUUGGAUGGCAAGAGAGUAAAGUUACAGAUAUGGGAUACCGCAGGCCAGGAACGAUUCCGAACCAUCACCACUGCAUAUUACAGAGGCGCUAUGGGAAUAUUACUGGUGUAUGAUGUUACCGACGAGCGUUCAUUCAACAGUACGUACAUGAAUGGUCCAACACUCACAGUUGUGGUGUCUGGCUUCUAGACCCCAUGAUGACCCACUGCUAACCCACCGCCCCUAGAUAUCCGAACAUGGUUCUCAAACGUCGAACAACAUGCCACGGAAGGCGUAAACAAGAUCCUGAUUGGCAACAAAUGUGAUUGGGAAGACAAGCGCGUGGUGUCCACAGAGAGAGGUCAACAGUUGGCAGACGAGCUCGGCAUACCCUUCCUCGAGGUUUCCGCAAAGAGCAAUAUCAAUGUGGAGAAGGCAUUCUACAGUCUGGCGGCCGACAUCAAGAAGCGAAUUAUCGACACUGCGAAAACAGACCAGGCGGCGUCUACAGGCGUGGACGUUGGAGCACAGGGAAGUGGAAGUGGUUUGGGGGGCAAGUGCUGCUAAAUAAUUUGGUUCUUUUUGUUCUCGUGGACGGAGCGCUUUGCUUUUUCGUUAUGUUUGUUUAAGAGCAGAUUAUGGGUGGAGUUUGGUCAUAUCACAAGGUAUUACAAAUUCAAGGCAUGCUUUUUUUGCCGACUACUUUGACAUUGAUGGUUUGCAGAUAUCAUGCUAUGGUGAUGUUUUGAAUGGAGCGACGAUUGUGAAAAUGAGUUCAAUUACGAUUCAAAAAUACUGGCCUCUUUAUCUUGUGCGGCGUGGAAACUAUCACAGAAAUGAACACGAGUCGGCGCGAAAACACCA